AUGGUGCGAGUCCAGGAUGUGCAUGGUAAGCUGCACGCAGCAAGGGUGCUUCUAGACAAUGGAAGUACAUCGAAUUUUGUGACCCAGCGGCUCAGCGAGAGACUUGGUUUGGUAAGGAGGCUAGCUGGUUCAACGGUAAACGAUGCGUCUGAAAGGGCUUACGGCGGUUGUAUCUAUGUAAGAACGGUCGACGUAAAUGGGUCUGUAAGUGUCAGACUUUUAGCCUCCAAAAAUAAGAUAGCACCUGUUAAGCCUAGGUACACUAUACCACGUCUAGAGCUGUCCGCCGCUUUGCUAGCCACAAGACUUUGGAAGAAG